GAUAUAAUAAUGUGUAAACAGUUAAACCCUGUGAAUCUCUGACACUCCGUAGUCACUCCCAAACCUAACCUGUUCUACCUGUCCGCAGCAGGAUGUCAAGAGCGGGUGGGUGAAUGAAGCUGCAGUAGACAGAUCGGUGGUGGAGGAGGUGGAGGGGGUGGCGCAGGAGAACAUGGAGGCCGACAACACAGACGACAUAGAGUCUCUCAUGGAGGACAUGGACUAUAUCCCCGGACACUUCCACCUGAAGCUCAGUCUCAACUGUGAUCCUGUUGGGCCGGUGAGGCUGCGACACAGGGACACUUAUCUGAAGCAGGAGAGCCUGCGCGGAGAGUUGGAGGCUGAAGUUGGACAUCUGCAGUACGCGGUCAGGAAUCUCCUGGGUCUGCUGGCGUUUCACCUGGAGCAGCUGGACAUGGCUGAGGAAACAUUUAGAAGUAUCUGUAGAGAAGACCCUGGGAACCUCAACGCCUGGGCCAACCUGGGCUACGUGUACGAUAGGCUGGGCAGAGAGCUGGACGCAGGGGAGUGUGUGGAGAAAGUGUCCCACCUCAUGGGGUUAGAUGCUGGAGAGGCCAGUCAGGAAGAGACCAGGGUACUGGCGGCCCGCUGCCUGGCGGAACAGGCCUACGUCCAUCCAUACGAUGUGGAGCUGGACAGCGAGGACGACCUGAGAGAGAGGCUGACUGCCGCACUGAGGUUGUACAACAAAGCCCUGGACUAUGGGGGACAACUGAUACCAAUGGAGGAAAAACGAAGCUGGUAUUUUAAAAUGGCAACCAUCUAUAUAAGACUGGACGACAUAGUAAAGACCAAAGAGGACUCAGAAUACUCCAGACUCUCUCAUUACAAUAAGGGACUGAAGCUUCUCAAAGAAACACUGAAAUCGGAGAAAACGCAACAUAAAGCUCUGGCCUGGUGUUACAUUGGCAUCCUGUUGGAGAGGAAGGACGACUUCACCACCGUGCCCAUGUCGAUACACGACUGUGGAUACUCUGCCUCUGAUCCUCUGUCCUGCUAUGGAACCGCCAUAAACAUGGCCAGUGAUGAUGCAUUCAUCCUGAACCUUCUGGCCAAGGUGUUUUUUCUGCUGGGCAAACACGAGAUGGCCACAGGGAUCAGCAACAUGGCCUUAAAUGUGCUGCCAGAUCCAGAGCUCAACUGGCAGGCUUACUGCACCCGCGCCAAGAUCAAUAUGAUGUUCUACAUCAGGGACCUAGAGAAGGCAAAGAGGGGUCAAGGUGGAAUCCCAGACCGACAGCUGCUAACCGACGCCAGAAAGGACUUGGACAAGGUCCUGAGUGUACGUCCAUGUCUGCGGACUCACCUCGAGAUGGCACAGGUGUACUACUACAUGGGUGUCGAUGCCCUCCAGGAGAGCCUUCUGGUGGACGAGGCAGCGGUGAACUGUGCAUUGGUGAGUCUGUCGCACGCCCUACAGUUUCAGCUGGGCGACAGCCUGCCGGACCUGCAUGUGCUCAGAGGACGCUGCCUCCAUCUGAAAGGCGAGGAUCAGAACGCCGCAGAGUGCUUCAAACAGGCCGUGGAGUUAGAGAGGCCAGGAAGCACCGACACCACAGCCCUGCGCUGCCUCCUACAGGCCCUCCUGUCCGUGUUCAUGCAGGGAGGCCCUGAUCCCAGCACUGCCAUCGGCCAGCUGGAGAUGUGGGUGCAAAGGGCAGAGGAAAGGUACCCCAAUGACAUUGUGAAGGCCGAGCUGAGGUGCCUUUACAGGACUCAGACGGCAGAGGUCACAGAGUUAUCCAGGGCCCUGAUCAGAGCAGGACGACUGGAUCUAGUGAAGAGGCUCUUGGAGACAAUAGUUCCUAAACAACUGGCCAAGAAGAAAACAAUUACAAGAUCUUUCUCCUUCACAUGAGGACGGAUAAUAUGGGACUUUAAAUACUCUGGACUACUCUGAUUGGUUGGAAGGUCGGGGCCUGCUCAGAAACUUUGGAAGGGGAGAUCUCUGCACCGCUGUCAGGCCUGGGUCAGACUGGAUCAGAACCUCUCCACAGUCAAGUUUUGGAGGAAAUCUCAACAAAAAUCUGAAUAAAAAAGUUUGAUAUUGUAGCAUAAACAAAGCUAAUUCACAAAAAGUUGAUACUGCAAUAUUUAAAUGUUACAUAUGACAUAUUUGUUUUUUUCUCACAGUAUUCGGCUCAAUGAAACUGAGAAAUUGAUUUUAAGUUUAAAAUCACUUUUAUAUAAUUCAGGUUUUGCUUUUUCUUUUAGUUAUUCUUAAACCUCGUAUGUGCAUUAAUAGUAGAGCGUAGAGAGUAGUAUGGGGGGCAACCGGUAUCAGGGAGUCCAAAUAUGUACAGUAUAUGAAGAAUUUUAAUAAACAGGCAACUAGCGCUAUGUAGCAGUGCAGUGUGCCCUCAGUCUGUAGAGCGAGUUGAACAUGUUUUCUUCUACUUCCUCAGAUAAAGUAGAUCAUUUGAUCUCCGUCAUGGCAGCAACAUUCAUAGAAUCGCCUCCUCUUUAGAAUGUUCUUCUUCAAAGUAAAAGCACAACAUUCGUUUUGUUGCAGCAAUGUCUUAUAUGAACCCAAAGUUUUCUAACUGCACCAUAGACUGUUCAUAAAAAUCUCUUCACACAAUGUCCAGCACACAAACAAUAAAAAGUGACAGUUAUUGUGGAUCUGUCACGACUGAG